AUGGAGGCCGAUCUACUCGGGGGCUUAGCGAGUGGCGACACCGUUCCAGCAGCUGAGGCGGUGCCAGCUCUUAAACGGGAACAAGACUCUACUGAUGAUUUUGAACACCUGGAUCGUGAAAGUAAGCGCGACGAAUUCGGGGAAUCACCGAGUCAUCACGGCGCUGCUCGAGUUGCCUCACAGAAUUUUCUCGACAUGGAGCGUGAUGAAUUUGUGGACACGCCUCGUGCUCCUUCCGUCACAGACAAGCUAGCCGACCAUAUUGCAGACAAGUUUACGGACAGCGAAUCGGACGCAGACACUGCCGGCGAAUCGCCUCUGCACCGCCCGGAACCGCCGCAGCAGAAGAGCAGCGUGCCUAUUCUCGAGCCCAGCGCGGCGGUGGCGCCGGCUCGCGACCCCACGCUCAUCCUGGCUGCGACGCCGGCUCCGCCUCCCACCCCGGCACCAGUCCCAAUUCCGAGUCCUGCCCCAUCGGUGCCCGAGCCUGUUGUGGAAAAACGGGCCGAGGGAAAGGCUACCAGCAAGACGGAGGCCCCACACGAGCCCCCCGCGGCUGAGCCGAAGCCGCACCAGGAGCCCGCGCCUCAGCCCAAGCCCGCGCCACCUGAACCCGUCAAGGCGGAGCCCGUUCGAGCGCCCACUGCACACGUCAUCGAGGCCGAGGUCAUUUUCUGCCAGAUGGGAUUAGGUGAGGUGGUAGACAGUCGGCAGAGCCAGAGGUGGCGAAGCGGCAAGAUCGUUGACCGGCUGGUAACGGGCCUCGAGCCUCUCACCGUGCGCAGAAGUGAAGGACGCCCGAAACGCUCGCCAAUCUUGGCGCAUUCACCGAAAAACAGAAAUCGCCUGACUGAAACGGAUUUGCAGCUGGUCGCUACUAUCGGGUUCAGCGAAUAUUUGUUGCGAUAUUGUAAACUUUUCGUCCGGCAUUCGUUCGCCAUUAACUGGUCAAAACUUGAGCGUCGCACUCUUAUCAGGGUGGCUGUUUCCGCGCAGCCGGUUAUAUCAGUUUUGCUUGCAGCUUUCGCUGUUAUCUUAUCUGGGAUCGCUCCGCUCUCGGAACUGCCACGUAUGCGUCGCAACUACCAUUUUUAUGUACCUAUCACCGUGAACGGUGGAUGCAUUGCGGCCGAAAUGAAAGCGGCGCCCGUGGGAUGUCCGUGCUUUGGUGUGGAGCCGCGGGGCGUCGGUGGGCUCGGGUGGGGCAGCGGGGGGUGCGGUGCGGUGCGGUGCGAUGGCACCCAGCUAAUUUUAGCGGCCGCACGCGCGGCCCACUCACAAGUGGCGUCUCCUCGGACGCGAACUCACGCGCUGCUCCCGCGCCGUCGGACUCCCUCGGUGAACGCGCCG